AAUCGAUUGUUUGCAGCCGUUGCCAUAACUAUGCCCCGUUUACACCAUCAUGGCUGGUAGUCCUUCCUGUGUAUAUGCUGCUCUCGUACCGGCCAGGAGAGAUAAUUUGACAAAUGAAAACGACACAGGAUUGGGCUUGUCAGUUAAACGCGCCGGUCCGAUCUGCCGAAGUCCAGGGGGUGAGAUUCAGGUAACUGGCAGCGCCGAAGUGACCAGCCCACCGGACCGGGCUGUGCUGUGCAUCAGCGUUAGUAACGCCAAAGGGUCGGUGAGCGAUGUCACCGAGAGUGUAACUCGGAGGCUGGACUAUAUCCUGCAGACUCUGAGACAGCAUGAUGUUAAGGAAGAACACACAACUGUGACUAAGUCCAUAAGAAGAGAAGUCAACACGUAUUACAUGGAGGCUGAGGUCAGUGCAAUAUUCACAGACUUCGAAAAGAUGCAGGUUGUGAGCAACACGUUGGUGGAGAAGCUGGACAAGACGGUGUCAGUGUACGCACCUCAGUUCUCUCACAGUGCCGAACACCUGGCUCAGCUGAGGAGGAAGGCAUGUGUGGCGGCGGUGGCCAACGCCCAGCAGAAGGCCCGCGAGGCAUGCAGUCUGUUGGGACAAGGCCUGGGGCAGCCCCUGCUCAUCAGGGAGGAGGAGAGCCGGGAGUGGAGUGGGGACGCCGAUGAGGCCACUCCCCUCCCACGGGCAUCCCUGCAGCAGUGGAUCAGACAAGCCACCGUAUCAGUGGCAGCACAAGUCUUCGUCGCCUUCCAGAUCCGGCCCAAGGAACGAGCAAGAAAAAGACACUAAUACAGCAUAUUGUCUGUGGCAACUUUUAUUACAUCUGCACUGUGCAGCUUCAGAGAUUCUGCCCCACACUACAAGUAUCAACAUUAAACUGUACAACUCUU